AGUAAACAAACCUUGGCCAUCUACUCUACAUCUACACUACAUCUAGCAGCCUGUUUGGAAGAGCUAUGAGGAAAAGCCCCGCAAUCCUCAAUAACACACGGAAUAAUGUCGAAAUCAAAUGUUCGAGGAUAUGGAAAGCGGACCAAGAAGCCACAGACUGCUGGCCGCUUGUUUGUUGAGCUACCCCAGACUCCAAUACGGACGGUAAAGACGGUGUUGGAAGAAGAGGAUGUCUCAGAUAACGAUAACCUGGUCGCAACCUUGACGCAGGGGAUUUCAUCAAUAAAAAUCCAGGAUGAAUAUCAAGAACCAGCAGAUUUAUUUUCGCCUUAUCGGAGGAAAACAAGGCAGUCCGUUUUGUUAGACCCUCUCGAAACUGAAGCCAUCAAAACUCAUACGCCAAUCAAGUCUCAGCUUAUACCACCGGAGCCCGACAUAUCCGAAGAAAGUAUCAGCUCAGUAUCGUCUUUUUCAUAUGACUUGAAAGGACUCCAGGUACUCUCCUGGUCUGAAGUCUGCCCCCCGGGGGACAGUAUUGUCAAGAUCGCAGAGGCAUCAUACGCUGAGGUGUAUCGUGUUACAAACGAACGAGGCACCUCCAUCAUAAAGGUAAUACGAAUGAAAUCGCCAAUAAAAGCGCAGACGAAAUCACAGCAAAAAUCAGGACUCGUGGACGAAGAGCCCCACGCCGACUCCGACCUGCAAGGCGAGCUGCAAAUCUCUGAGUGGGUGGCCGAUAUUCCUGGAUUUGUGGUCUACAAAGAACGAUACAUAGUUCAGGGCAAGGCGUGUCGAGAGCUGUUAACUACCCAUCAGACCUUUCACAAGAAACUUAAGAGGCAAGAUCCCGAUCGGUUGCAGUUUUACCCGUCGCCCAGCCGAUAUCUUGACGAUACGAGAUUUCUAGUCGUCGAGUUGGGAGAUGCUGGGGAUGCACUCGAAGACUUCGAGCUCACGACGGCGGAUCAGCUAUGGGAUAUAUUCUUUCAUGUUGCCAUUGCGCUGGCACGUGCGGAGGCGAGGAUAUGUUUCGAGCACCGAGAUCUGCAUGAGGGAAACCUUUGUAUUCGAAAAGUGAGCGAACCUAUCUCGAAAGAUGAACGGAAUGGAGAGGGUUGUUUUGGAUUCUCAGGCCUCGAGGUUACAAUUCUGGACUACGGCAUCUCGCGAGCUCAAUCCGAGUAUGACAAUGAGCCCGUAGCAUAUGACUUGGAACGCGACCUGAGCCUCUUCACAAGCGAGCAUGCGGCUCAGUGCCGCGUUUACCGACAGAUGAGGUCCUUCUUGCUUAGAGGAGACCGCACCUACCUCCCCCCAGAAGAUCACAGAGAGCCUUAUGCAGUAGGUAUUGAUGGCCCACUAUCAUGGGCUAUUUACGAGCCAUACACAAAUGUCCUUUGGCUUGCAUAUUUAUACGAAUGGAUGACGGGGCAUUUCCGCGGCCCUAAGAAGGAAGUCAAUUCAUUCAGACGAACGACGAAGGAGUUCUGGUCAUAUCUUGAUCCAAAAGCUGACGAGGAUAUGCCCGGGUUCGAAAGCGCCAGUGAUAUUUUGCGUUAUGCCGUCGAGAUAGGUUGGUUAGACGAGAACCAGCUGAUAGGGGGCAGGGACGAGGUUGAGAAGUCGAUAUUAUCGAUCAUCGCCAUUGACGAUGGGGAAGACGGUGUUGCGGAUCGAUCACUUCGACGGUCGCCACGCAGACGCCGACCAACGGUCAUCUAGUCAGAAGAACAUUGUACCAUAGUAUACUAUUUUGUGUGGCCGAGUGCUCUGGGUUCCAGCGAGCGGGUUUGGCUAUUGGUCCAGUUACAUUCUCGGGGCGCACUUGUACAGGGAGAUAUCCAGGGUUAGCGGGUUAGAGGCGUUUAUUGGUAUAGACAAUAAUGUGUUCUUUGGAGUCUCAUGAGCUUUGAUCUAAUUACUCAUAUGUCAAUUCAUCCCAGGCUCUUACCUUUUUCAUAUCAUGAUGUAAACAGUAAUUC